AUGCCAGGGGAAUUGUGUCGGCUACGUGCUCGGUACCAGCGGGCUGAAAGGACGGAUCCAUUGGAUGAUCAGGACUCAGGUGGCGACGGCGAUGACCGUGAUCCCGACGGCAUCGAUGACGACGCUGACAUGCUUGGGGACGACGUCGACGAGAAUAUGCCGGGGUCCCAAGGCCAGGAAACGAACCGCCUAGACAAUGAACAGCUCAUGCGUCUGUUGCUGGGGUUGGAUGACUUUGGUGACGAAGGGAACGACGAAGAUGACGUAGAUGACAUGGCUGAGCUGGAGGGCUUGAACGUGAAGAUCGCAGCAACAGCGGCAGACAUGAAGCUUCCCGGCAUGGGCACCAAGGUGGAAGGUCGCCAUGACGAGCUUCUUGCUGCUGAAGCAUCCAGUGUGUUGGCGCCAGUAGAUCAAGAGACCGAAGCCUUUCUGCAAGAGCUUUUUGUGAACGGGUUGGGCCAAACUUCCAUCAACGAGGACGAGGUGCAUUCCUCCAGCUUGCGACCGGAUGUCGUAACUGAUCAGGGUGAUCAAGCAUCAGGUGCGGCAACCCAGCCGCGGACUGUAGAUGAUGACGAUGCCAAAUCGUUCUGGCAGAAAUGGCAGGCUGCGAUGCGGAUGACCUGCGAAGCUCUACAACAUCGUGACAGAGAGUGCACGAGACCGUUGGGCGACAACAGCAUCCGGGCUGCCUAG